UUUUAUUUUGAAAGUAGCGGAAGCGUGUGCGUGCUGUUUACUCACUCGUUUAUUUAAAGAGCUCAUCUGUAGCGUUGUAGCUAGCUUGGCAAUUGCUUGUUUUCCUUAUUGGCGCCCGGGGUUUCCACUCGUCGUUACUGCUGAACUCCAUCACUGCAGAAUUGAAUACCACAGCGGCUAACCAGGCGGACAUUACGUUCCAGAUGGAUCAACAGGACCAGGCCUAUAUGUUUGCCCGUCUCACACGGCCACAUUCUGAACAGCUGCUGCAAGGUCUUCAUUCUGAACAGCUGCUGCAAGGCCUUCAGCUCUUACGGAAAGAUCAUGAACUAUGUGACAUUGUGCUCCGUGUGGGUGACGCCAAGAUCCAUGCCCACAAAGUAGUGCUGGCCAGCAUCAGCCCUUACUUCAAAGCCAUGUUCACGGGUAACUUGUCCGAAAAGGAGACGGCUGAAGUCGAAUUCCAAUGCAUUGACGAGACUGCCUUGCAGGCAAUUGUUGAGUAUGCUUACACUGGCACAGUAUUUAUCUCCCAGGAAACUGUGGAAUCUCUGCUGCCAGCAGCCAAUCUACUGCAGGUCAAGCUAGUACUAAAGGAAUGCUGCUCCUUCUUAAAGAGUCAGCUGGAUGCUGGGAACUGUAUCGGCAUUUCCCGCUUUGCAGAGACGUAUGGCUGUCAUGAUUUGUGCCUGGCUGCAACUAAGUUCAUCUGUGAAAAUUUUGAGGAAGUUUGUCAGACCGAGGAAUUUUUUGAACUAACAAGAGCUGAGUUGGAUGAAAUUGUGUCCAAUGACUGCCUUAAAGUGGUGACAGAGGAGACAGUUUUUUAUGCCCUAGAGUCGUGGAUUAAAUAUGAUGUAACUGAACGACAACAACAUUUAGCUCAGCUGCUGCACUGUGUGCGCCUUCCACUCCUCAGCGUCAAAUUUCUCACUCGUUUAUAUGAAGCCAACCACCUUAUACGAGAUGACCACGCAUGCAAGCACCUGCUAAACGAGGCCCUCAAAUAUCAUUUUAUGCCUGAGCACCGGUUGUCGUAUCAGACUGUCCUGUCUGCACGACCCAGGUGUGCCCCGAAGGUGCUGCUGGCAGUAGGAGGCAAGGCUGGACUGUUUGCCACCUUAGAAAGCAUGGAAAUGUAUUUCCCUCAAAAAGACUCAUGGAUAGGACUAGCUCCUCUCAGCGUACCCAGGUACGAGUUUGGAGUGGCGGUGCUUGACCAUAAGGUGUACGUGGUGGGCGGCAUCGCGACACACAUGCGUCAGGGCAUCAGCUACAGGAGACAUGAAAGCACAGUGGAGAGCUGGGACCCAGAAAGCAACACCUGGUCUUCGGUAGAGCAUAUGGCAGAGUGUCGCAGCACACUUGGGGUAGUGGUCCUGGCCGGAGAGCUGUACGCACUGGGAGGCUACGAUGGCCAAUAUUACCUCCAGUCUGGGGAAAAAUACGUCCCCAAGUUGAAGGAGUGGCAACCUGUGGCGCCCAUGACCAAAUCUCGCAGUUGCUUUGCCACUGCUGUGCUAGACGGCAUGGUGUAUGCCAUUGGAGGAUAUGGACCAGCGCAUAUGAACAGUGUGGAGCGGUACGACCCGAGCAAGGAUGCCUGGGAAAUGGUAGCCCCCAUGGCAGACAAGAGGAUCAACUUUGGCGUUGGCGUCAUGCUUGGUUUCAUAUUUGUGGUGGGAGGACACAAUGGAGUCUCUCACCUGUCCAGCAUCGAGCGGUACGAUCCCCAUCAGAACCAGUGGACAGCCUGUAGACCAAUGAAUGAUCCACGCACUGGUGUUGGCUCAGCUAUUGUGGAAAAUUACCUGUACGUGGUGGGAGGUCACUCAGGAUCCUCUUACCUGAACACUGUCCAGCGCUACGAUCCCAUUUCAGACCGCUGGUUGGACUCCAGCGGCAUGAUCUACUGUCGCUGUAACUUUGGUCUGACUUCCCUUUGACCCAUGGCCCAUCCAGUUAGCACUUAAUGAGACACCUUUUUAGACACAAAUACCCCCCCCCCCCCCUCCCCCCAGAGAAGAAGAGUUGCACUCUUGCCGACGAAAAAGACCUGAUGAUCAUUUGCCGGCCACAAAAGACACUUCUGCUCUGGCUGCUGGAACACAAUGAGGACUUGGAGCCAUUUCCCAGAGGAUUGGAGAAGAAACCUGUCACUUUUAUUUAAAUAUUUUUGUUAUUCUAACCAUUUUUUUUCUUCCAUGUUUUGUAAUACUUUUUUCUAACGUUCCUUGCUGCAACAAGGACCAAGUGUUCAACAUCUGGAGAACACCGUAGUUUGCUUGUGACAAUGUGUUUGUAGGCUGUGUAGAUGUGUGUAUGUCUGUGUAUGCUCAAAGAGGUAUGUGCAUGUCGGGUUGGAUUGUAUUUUGUUUGGUGUCUGCAUGCAGAACGGAGGCUCGUUUCUGCAACACAAUAUGUGCGUCACAAAAUGAGGACUUAGGAUAUUUUUUUUCACAGAAAGGGCUGCCUGUUCUCUAAUGUGUGCAUAGUGUAAAUACAAUAUAUAUAUAUAUAUAUAUAUAUAAAUAUAUACUUACUGCAUUGCCUGUAAAUGUUUUACCACACAGGGUCAUAUGUAUGUGUGGAGGUGGCUAAUUCUGAAGUUGACCUCUUGUCUGCUUCAUUCUCUGUAUUCACCUCUGUUGCAUUUUUAAGAGCAUGUCUAUUUUUGUUGAACCUCACCCCUUCUGCACCCUUUGGUCUGUCUGCAAUGCCAAUUGUUGCUAGUUUUAGAAUUCUACUGCGGAUCUGUGUUGCCACACACAACUGGAUCAACCCCUGUCUGCUAUAUUACUAUCUUAGUUAUUCAUUUCGUAAAGCACAUGCACCCCAAAGCUGUCCGCUGUUCACCAUAUUUGAUGUAGGAUUUUUUUGUUGUUGUCUUUACUCGAAACCCCAUAGACACACAAUCAAUGGGUCGGUUGUACAGACCCCGUUUCCAUUUGAGUUGGGAAAUUGUGUCAGAUGUAAAUAUAAACAGAAUACUAUAAUUUGCUAAUUAUUUUUAACCCAUAUUCAGUUGAAUAUGCUACAAAGUCAACAUAUUUGAUGUUCAAAUUGAUAAACAUUUUUUUUUGCAAAUAAUCAGUAACUUUAGAAUUUGAUGCCAGCAACACGUGACAAAGAAGUUAGGAAAUGUGGCAAUAAAUACUGAUAAAGUUGAGAAAUACUCAUCAAAGACUUAUUUCUUAUGCAAAACCAGUUACUGUAACACAUGCUGCAGUAUUGUGUAAGACAUGCACCUACAAACAAAGAUUGGGCGAGGUUCACCAAUUUGUAAGCAAAUUGUCGAACAGAUUUAGAACGGUCGGUAAAAUCAUCAUAAGGUUCAGAGAAUCUGGAGAAAUCACUGCACGUAAGCGAUUGAUAUUAUGGACCUUUGAUCCCUCAGGCGGUCCUGCAUCAAAAACCGACAUCAGUGUGUAAAGGAGAUCACCACAUGAGCUCAGGAACACUUCAUGAAACCACUGUCAGUAACUGCAGUUGGUUGCUAUAUCUGUAAGUGCAAGUUAAAAUUCUGCUAUGCAAAGCAAAACCCAUUUAUCAACAACACCAAGGAACGCCGCUGUCUUCGCUGGGCCCGAGCUCAUCUAAGAUAGUGGAAAAGUGUUCUGUGGUCUGACGAGUCCACAUUUCAAAUUAUAUUUUGAAACUGUGGACGUGGUGUGCUCCAGAACAAAGAGGAAAAUAACCAUUCGGAUUGUUAUAGGCGCAAAGUUCAAAAGCCAGCAUCUGUGAUGGUAUGGGGGUGCAUUAGUGCCCAAGGCAUGGGUAACUUACACAUCUGUGAAGGCACCAUUAAUGCUGAAUGGUCCAUACAGGUUUUGGUGCAACAUAUGUUGUCAUCCAAGCAACGUUAUCAUGGACGCCACUGCUUAUUUCAGCAAGACAAUGUCAAGCCACGUGUUACAAAAGCGUGGUUUCGUAGUAAAAGAGUGCGGGUACUUUCCUGGCCCGCCUGCAGUCCAGACCUGUCUCCCAUCGAAAAUGUGUGGCGCAUUAUGAAGCGUAAAAUACAACAGCGGAGACCCCGGACUGUUGAACGACUAAAGCUCUACAUAAAAUAAGAAUGAGAAAGAAUUCCACUUUCAAACCUUCAACAAUUAGUUUCCUCUGUUCCAAAAAAAUUUAUUUAGUGUUUUUAAAAGAAAAGGUGAUGUAACACAGUGGUGAACAUGCCCUUUCCCAACUAAUUUGGCACGUGUUGCAGCCAAGAAAUUCUAAGUCAAUUAUUCGCAAAAAAAAAAAAAAAAAGUUUAUGAGUUUGAACAUCAAAUAUCUUGUCUUUGUAGUGCAUUCAACUGAAUAUGGGUUGAAAAGGAUUUGCAAAUCAUUGUAUUCCGUUUAUAUUUACAUCUAACACAAUUUCCCAACUCAUAUGGAAACGGGGUUUGUAGGUUAAUUGCAUUAUUUGCUUUGUCACAAAUCAGUGGCAUGUUAUUUUUGGUGCAACCCCUAAACCCCUUGCCAAAGAACUGAGAGCAUUUUCAUGUGUGCCACAAAGUCUGAAAUUGUAAUUUUUUAUUUUUUAAAUUUAAUAUUGUGGCAUUAAAUCUAGCCAUGCUGCCAAAGAGCAUGCUGACAAUAUUGGA